AUGCCCAGGUAUCUCGUUCGUUUUGCGCAGACGCACGAGAGUUUUCGGAAAGUCGAAUUGCAAGCCCUCGCAGAUGUGGCUAGAGUAUCGAUACAGUUUCUGAGAUAUGAAGAAGACUCUCCUUAUUGUAUCGUAGAAAUUCCAUCUGAUGCAGCUGCGCACAAAGUAAUUACCCGAAGUAUUCUAGCACAGGGCGUUUACGAGUUAUGGGGUGAAGGUUCCACAUAUCCUGCGCUUCACGACUCCGUUCGCAACCUCACAGCAUCAAGAUGGACACAGUACGAGACUGCGUCUUUCAAGUUCACCGUGGAAGGCUAUCGCGGUGGAAUGUCAGCGGACGAACAGCGAGCCGUCAUCAAUGAAUUCUCUUACAUGGCAUUCAAGGGUCCUCCAAAGAUGCGGGAUCCGGAUGUUGCUUUCCGUGUCUUUGAAGACUACGAUCUUGAUGUGAAAGUACCGAAGCAACUUUACCUUGGUCGAUUUAUAGCCGAGUCUUGUCGAAAUGAGGCAAAAAAGACCUUCGAUCUCAAGAAGAGAAUUUAUAUCAGUACUACAUCCAUGGACGCGGAGCUCACUCUUCUUACUGCAAAUAUUGCCCACGUUGCGCCAGGAAAACUAUUCUAUGAUCCAUUCAUGGGCACUGGCGGCUUUCCCAUUGCCUGUGCACACUUCGGCGCCGUCGUUUUCGGAAGUGACAUUGAUGGGCGAACCAUCCGCGGCCUUGGUGGAAGCGCAAGGAGAGGGCAAACCGGCAAAUACGACGUCAAUGGCAAUUUCAAGCAAUAUCAGCUCGAGUCCAGCUACCUGGGUGCUUUUGUUUCCGAUCUUACAAACUCUCCACUCAGACUAGUACCACACAGCACCAGUCGAAUGAAAGGCUAUUUGGAUGGCAUCGUCUGUGACCCUCCGUAUGGUAUUCGCGAAGGCCUGAAAGUUCUUGGAUCUCGUCAGGAACUGGAAGAAAGAGAACGAAAGUCGCAUGAAGAUCAGUACCGACAGCCAGGGUAUAUUCCCCCAAAGAAGCCUUACUCUUUCACAGCUCUCCUCGACGAUAUACUGGCUUUUGCAGCCACGACAUUGGUCGAAGACGGUCGCAUCAGCAUGUGGAUGCCGACUGCAAACGAUGAAGACAUCGAAUUGAUCAUACCAUCGCACCCAUGUUUGGAGCUGACUUCGGUCUGUGUCCAAGCCUUCAACAAAUGGUCGCGAAGAUUACUUACGUAUCGUCGUCUGCACGACUCAGAAGUGCCGGAAGGGGCGUUUGAGAGGGCAAAGCGAGACUACGAGAAGGGCACGAAAGCCAGUGAUUUGAAUGACUUCCGACGCAAGUACUUCCAGGGAUUCAAGGAAUUUGAGUCCAUGAAGAAGGAAUUUAUAAGGAUGAAGUCGGAUGCAAAGGAGGCCCAAGAUAAACCUGCCACUGAGGAGAAUGGCAGCCUACCGCAAUGA